GGAGGAGUGUGGUGGGUGGUUACCUGGGAAGCGCGCGCGGGAAAGUGAACUGUUCCAGAAAUAGGAACGUUGAUCCGGGACAGCUUGAGCAGCAUGAAGUUUGUCACGUGUGAAAUAGCAUGGCACAACAAAGAACCUGUAUACAGUGUUGACUUUCAGCAUGGACCAGAUGGAAGAACUGAUCGAUUGGCCUCCGCAGGGGUAGACAGUGCAGUUCGGAUAUGGAAGGUAGACGAAGGCCAGGAUGGAAAAGCGGUGGUGGAUAUUUUAUCCAAUCUGGUCCGUCAUACGAAAGCUGUGAAUGUUGUACGAUUCUCCCCGAAUGGUGAGGUUCUUGCAUCAGGAGGAGAUGAUGCGCUAAUAUUGUUGUGGAAACUGAAUGACAGCAAGGACAUCAAAGAAUCUGAACAAAACCUUUUUGAAGAGGAUGCUCAGUUAAAUAAGGAGAACUGGACAGUACUCAGAACUUUACGGGGACACAUAGAGGAUGUGUAUGAUAUCUGCUGGACGCUUGAUGGAAAUUACAUGGUAUCCGGAUCAGUUGAUAACACUGCCAUCAUGUGGGACGUUAAUAAAGGCGUAAAGCUGUCAAUCUUCAAUGAACACAAGAGCUAUGUACAAGGUGUGACUUGGGACCCUCUGGGGCAAUACAUUGCCACACUCAGUUGUGAUCGGGUUAUGCGGGUGUAUAGCACACAGACCAGGCGGGUGGCAUUUAAUGUCAGCAAGAUGUCAUCUGGUUGUGAAGGGGAGACCAAGAGUUAUCGAAUGUUUCAUGAUGAUGGCAUGAAGUCUUUUUUCCGCCGACUCACCUUCACACCAGAUGGCUCUUUGCUGCUCAUUCCAGCUGGUUGUGUUGAAGCUGGAGAGAACGUUACAAACACAACCUAUGUGUUUUCCAGGAAAAAUCUGAAAAGGCCCAUAGCCCAUCUACCUUGUCCUGCUAAAGCUACUCUGGCUGUUCGCUGCUGCCCGGUAUUUUUUGAGCUAAGGCAACCAAAGGUCGAAGAUGAGUCACAUAAGAAGAUGAAUAUUUUUAAGUUGCCAUAUCGGCUGGUGUUUGCUGUAGCUUCAGAAGAUUCCGUUCUCUUGUAUGACACUCAACAGACUAUGCCCUUUGGUUAUAUCUCAAAUAUCCAUUAUCACACCCUGAGUGAUAUAACCUGGUCACGAGAUGGGAUGUUCCUCACUAUAUCAUCCACAGAUGGAUAUUGUUCCUUUGUCACAUUCGAGAAAGAUGAAUUGGGUGUACCUUUGAAAGAAAAGCCAGUGCUCUCCAUCCAGAGUCCUGGCAUCUCGGAGAAAAGACUGAAAAAGGGCCAAGCAAACCGGCUAUCUGCUGGCACCCCAAAACUGACCGAGAGCGGCGCCACUGCUCGGACUGUGGAUCAGCAGGACCAUUCUGCCCUUGCUCAGCCAAACAUGCUCAGUGCAGCGACACCCCCUGCGAAAGAGGUGCCCGGUACUCCCAUCGCAACCAAAGCCUCCCCAUCCUUGUCAGAUACUGUUGUACAGGGCAGCAAGGCUUCUCAGCCCCGGAGGAUCACCUUGAGUACGUUGGAGGCCUGGAGCAAACCCAGCAAAGCCCCUGUGCCCAGGCGAAUCUCGCUGACUGCUCUGAACUCAAGUUCUUCCCAGGUGACAUCGACACCAGCCACAACCCAAGCAGAAAAAAUAGCACACGAGAGACCUUCUCCUUCCUAUGAUUCUUCAUGCAAGUCCCCAGAUGCUAAACGUUCGAGGAUUGAUGAUAAACAGAGCAUCAGUCCCACGGAUAAUCUGAAAACAAAUAAUGAUUGCAGGAGGGACAAAUGAACAUUGCUGAGAACUUUUUAAAAACAUGUACUUUGUAUAAAAUUCUGCAGUGUGAUCAGUUUUGCCGCAGUGUGUAGAUGUAUAUGCGAGUUGGAAGUUACAGUGUAAAGCACCUCUUAAUUUUGUUGUUCUUUUUGUUACAAGUUAUCCUUUCGCCUUCUUGGUAUUGGUGACAUUAGGCUGUUUCUAAAUGUGAAUAGUCCUGUUUUAGUUAAUCGUUGUACAAAGUAGUACCAAUUAUGUCUUAAAAUUAAAAGUGUUUUCUGUU